AUGCUACCAUUCCGAUCCCUCCUCAAAUAUAAAAUAUCAUUUGUAUGGACUAAACAACUUGACGACCUUUUUGAGCAAUCGAAGGCUGUCAUUGUAGAUGAGAUCAAGAAGGGCGUCGAGAUAUUUAACAAGUCAAGACCCACAUGCCUUGUAACUGACUGGUGCAAAGACGGUGUUGGUUUCUGGCUAAUGCAGAAACAUUGCGAAUGCACUUCAGCUAAACCCUUCUGUUGUAAAACUGGCUGGAAGAUUACACUGGUUGGCAGUCGUUUCACCUCCGGGGCUGAAUCCCGCUACUGGCCAAUUGAGGGGGAAGCACUAGCCGUCGUGGACGCCCUUGACAAAGCACGACACUUUGUACUAGGCUGUUCAGAUCUCAUGAUUGCUGUUGAUCACAGGCCCUUAGUAAAGGUUUUGGGCGGUCGCUGCUUAAACGACAUUGCCAAUCCUCGCCUUCGCAAUCUCAAGGAGAAAUGUCUGCGCUACAGAUUCAAAGUCGAACAUUUGCCUGGCAUUCGCAAUGCCGCUGCAGACUCAUUAUCACGCCACCCAGUCAGCGAACCAAACAUGUUGGAGCUUCCUGACGACGUUGACUCAGGCGCCAUUUUCACCGCCAUUUGCACAUUCGACCCCGAAACAGCGGAAAUCUGCUCUUAUUCAACCGAUUCCACAAAAGAAAUCAUCAAAAAUGUGACAUGGAAUGACAUACGGCUUGCCACAGCCAGUGACCCGUCAAUGCGUUUUCUUAUCGACAAAAUCCAAGAGGGCUUUCCAGACCGACCAGCAGAUAUCCACACUGAAAUUCGCCCCUUCCAUCAAUACCGUGACAAUCUUUCAGAGGAGUUUGACGGUGUCUGUCUCAACAAGGAUCGCGUUAUCAUUCCACCCUCCUUAAGAGAUAGGGUACUCAAAACUUUACAUUCUGCACACCAAGGAGUAUCAACAAUGUGCUGUCGUGCAGAAUCCUCCUUUUUCUGGCCCGGUAUGACUAAUGCCAUCAUCAAGCUACGCAACAACUGCUCAGCUUGUAACAGAAUGGCCCCCUCACAACCUAGUGCCCCACUAACUCCUCCUCUACAGCCAAUGUAUCCUUUUGAAUGCCUGGCAGCGGAUUUUUUACAUACAGAGGCAAACACUAUUUGGUGGCAGUAG